AUGAUGCGUCCUUGCAUUCUCCUUCUCAGUAUCUGCCUGAUGCUCGUCCUGCCGCUCUCCGGCGCGUCGAUGCGGCAUGGGCGAGGCCUCGCGGACGAUGGUGCACUCGUCGACGUGGGCCUCGACGUGACGCAGAAGACCACGCCGGCGCGAGCGAACGACCUGAGCCCGUUCCAGCCCGUGGAGACCUCCUCGCCGCCCGAGACGACCAAGCCGCGGCCCAGCGCCGCAACGGCACGCCCGAUCAUCGCCACCGCGGCGCCCAUCACCGCGGCGCCGCCCGAAACGCGGCCGCCGGAGACGCAGGCGCCCAGGUCGUUCUCGCUCACGGUGAAGUUCGAAACCGCGGUGACGCUUUCCUCGCGCCAGCAACUCCUGGCGGGCGACACGGUCGUCGAGAAGGCCGACCCGCCCUCGACGGUCUCGACCUCCGCCAUCGUGCGCGCGGCCCGCAGGGCGCACCGCCGCCUCCAGCAGCAAACGGCCGCCUACGACAUGACCGUCACCUUCACGGCCCCGAACGAGGCCACGGCCGCCCUCGCCGAGCAGCGGGCGACGGCCAACGUCGUCACAAACCCCGUCGCCGUCGGCAACGCGCUCACCGCUGCGCUGCUGGUCGAGACCCGCGUCCAGCUCGUGUCGCUGACGCCGUCAGACGGGACCGAGCCUGACACAGGCAGUGAACCGUCGCCGUCGAGCGGAUCGUCGUCCGCCUACAUCGUCAUCGGUGCCGCGGUGGCCGGCGGCGCCGCGGGGCUCGUUCUCAUAGCUUUCUUCGCCUACUACGCGGUGGUGCGGCGCCGUCGUGCGGCGCCGCAGCCCACAGCGCCCGGCAUCGGCCUCAGCCCGGACUAUGCGCUGUCGCCGAGCGCCCCGGAUCCAGGGUCCUCGAACGGCGGCACGGGCGCGACGGCGCCGAACUCGACCCGGGCGUACUACGGCACGGCCCGCGAAAACAUGUGGGCGUCUUUGAAACACGAGGACCUGUACACGCCGCUGAUGCUGUCGGGCGCGGAGGUCGAGAGCAUCAUCGCGAAGCGCGAGGUCGUGGGCGAGGGGGCGUUCGGGACGGUGUACAAGGGGUUUUGGCGCGGGCGGCACGUGGCGGUGAAGCGACUGGCGGGGUUCCCGGGGUACCGGCGGGAGUGCGAGGCCCUGACGCGGCUGCGGCACCCGCACAUUGUGCCGAUUCUCGCGCAGUCGGACGACGCGUGCGCGAUCGUGAGUCCGUUUUACCAGCGCGGGAGCAUGCGGCGGAUGCUGCAGGAGUCCGCGACGACGGCGUUCCCGUGGCAGAUGCGCGUGCGCAUGCUGCACGAGGUCGCGCUGGCCGUGCUGAGCAUGCACAGCGACCGGGACAGGGAGCCCGUCAUCCACAGGGACCUGAAGCCGGACAACGUGCUGUGCACGAACGACGGCAGCGCCGUCGUGGCGGACCUGGGGUGCGCCAAGGUGACCGACAGCAGCAUCGUGACGGGGCCCAAGGGCACGUUCGGGUACACAGACCCCGCGUACAUACAGCGGCCCGUCUGCCGCCCCGACGACGCGCACCUCGACGUCUAUUCGAUGGGCGUCAUCGCCCUGGAGCUGCUCUUCAACAAGGGGGGGCCGGUUGUCGGAGGCCGUCACGUGCGCGACGUCGCGCUCGCAGCCUUCCGCGAUGCCGACGCGAACGCGGCUCUCGCGGCCCUGUGCGACGGCACCGCGGGCGAUUGGCCGACGUCUGUCAUAUCCAGGCUCGUUUCUCUCGGCAUUGCGUGCACCGACCCGGGCCGGCAGCAGCGCCCAUCCAUGGCUACGUUCGCAGCCGAGAUGCGCAGCCUCCACGACCUCAGCGGGACGUCCUCCCUGCGUCAGCGCUGGCAACAACAGAGCCUGACGUCAGUUGACGCGGUCGUGCGCGAAUUCGAGGAAUCCCUGAAGCGCUUCAUCUGUCCGAUCACGACUGCGAUCCCGCGGGAUCCCGUGCGCGCCGGGGACGGCAUGGUGUACGAGCGCGACGCCAUCGAGCGGUGGUUCAAGCAGCAGAAGCGCCAGCGGCGGCAGCAGGGGCACGGGGUGCAGUACACGUCGCCGAUGACGCGGGAACGCAUCGGGUGCGCGGUGGAGGCCUGCCCGGACCUGCACCGCGCCGUGCGGGAGGAGGUGGCGGUGUAUCGGGCGCGCAUCUCGGAUCCCGAGGGCCUGCGCAGGCUCGAUGAGGUCAUGGAGAUGUAUAGUGAGUGA